AUGAGCACGACCAUUUUGAGAUUCGUCUGUUUCCUCCUAUCCGUUGUCGCAUUUGGAAAAGCUUGUGGGCCGAGUGAAUAUAGAUCGGCUUCUGGAGAGUGCUGCCCAAUGUGCAAUAUUGGAUCAGUAGUACUCCGUGACUGUAGCGGGGAUUUGAGUACCACGUGCAAACCUUGUCCUCCAGGAACAUUCAUAAGUGAACCAAACGGCCUUCAUAACUGCCUCACAUGCAGAAAUUGUGAUGAAAGUCAAGGACUUUACAUCCAGAGUAAAUGCACUACAAUAAAAGACACUAUGUGUGAUGUCCUUGAUGGAUAUCACUGCAUUGAUUACUCGGAUUCACAGUGCCGUCAUGCUCAGAAACAUAGUGUUUGUGAACCAGGACAAGAAACAAAAAGACCAGGAACAAAGACUUUGGAUACUAUAUGUGUGAACUGUCCUCAAGGAUUUUUUUCGCCAUCAGGUCUGAACUGCACCAAAUGGACAGAUUGCACAUCUAGGAAUGAAAUACAGACAGAAAUUGGCAGCUCUGUUAAAGAUGUCACAUGCACACAAAAAAGACGGGGAAGAUAUGGUCUCAUAUUGCCAGUGGCUUUAACACCAUUGUUCUCCAUAAUUCUGUGCCUGUGGCUAAUGUACAAAAGUUAUAAACUUAAACAUCCUGUUGAAGAAACACCCUCAGAACCCAAAUACAACACACCGUAAGAAGGAGGAAAACAGUGAAGAACAAGUUAUUUCCUAAAUAUCGGUCACCCUGCCGGAUCUCCAGUGGUCUGCUUGUGACAGUAUUGGAAUCUUCUCCGUGUGCUGUGACCUUGACGUGGUGGAGAAGCUUGAGAUCCUCUGGCACUUUGAGAACUAUGAGAGGUUCAACCACAAAAUCACUCCCAGAAGGACAAACUAACAACAGCAAGUUUUUUUUGUAACAGCUCCAGAGUAGACAUGCAUGGACAUCAAUAUCAUUAAAAGACUCACUCAUCCCUGACAACAACAAAUAGACAGCAUCUGAAAUAACAUACUGCUAAAGGGCCGACUACACAUGUAGGGAGACCAGGGCUGGUGCACACUUUUCUCAGUGACUGUUUACUAGGGUUGUAUUUCAAAGUCAAUGUCUUGAUGGUAAGAAGUAAUUCAUUAUAAACCACUGAAAUGAAAAAGGUCACAUACACAUACAAAUAUCAGUUGACAAAUCAGCCUCAAUUGCCCCAAAGUUUUAAUAUAUAUUGCGCUUUGUAUCGUACAAUAUUGUUUCUUACAGCAGUGGACUUAACCUUAUUUGAACAUUAAGGACAAAUUUUUCUGCUUGCUUGCUUCACUGUGUAUAUAACACCCCUCCACUAAUGUCAGAUUGGCUGCCCUAUAUUUUAAAUGUGCUAGUUGAUCAUUUAUAAUUAGGCACUAUGUCUAAUUAUCUAAGUUCCUUUGUGUUUUGGGUUGUUGUAUGUUUAAGUGACAAAAAUGCACACAGCAACCUAAAACUGGCUUUAAAUAUUAAGGAAAACCGAGUAGACAAUACAGGUCCCACACUUGAUCAUCUAUCAAUCAAUCUGAGAAACAAGUUGUGCUGGUAUUCUCUAUUAUGAUUUGACAACACUUCCUAACAUAUGUUGGCAUUAUAAACAAACUGGAACAUGAAAGUAAUAUUUAAUGUGUACAGUAUUUACAACUUUUCAAAUGUUAAUGCUUUUGUAAAUGGAUCUUUUCUAUCUCUAAUCAGGCUUAUUAUUUUGUAUUUUAGGCUCAUUUUAACAACAAAGUAUGUGCUUUCUGCAAAUGUAAUUUGUGCAAGUGUAACUGAUUAGUUAAUUACUUUUUAUAAUAUUCAUAUCGGAGUUGUGACGACGGAAGUUUUAGGAAUGUGUAAAAUCUCGCAGCGCCCUCUGCUGGUUAAAAUAAUCAGUCAUACGAUGGCCAGCUGUAAAACGGGGACAUCUGGUCAAACUAAAAAGUAUGUUUGUUUAUGACAAGUCUCUCUGUCACUUGAGACAAUGAAGGAAAGAAUGCAGUAAAUGUCACCCUAUUGAAAGAUUAAGUCAUUGUUUCAUUAAAACAUUUCAAAUGGUAUUAUAUCUUA